UGAAACAGCUGAUUCUCAUUCAACUGGUUUUGGCGGCUUAAACGACACGCAGAUCACGUCCUGACCGCCAAUUUUUUUUCCCUCCUUUUUUUCGGGCUGUAUGCUGAUGAUUAUAAUGAUGAAUAUUGCUAGAGCUUCUUGUUUUCGUCGAUUGGCACGAUGGGGAAUAGGAAAAAGACAAGUCAUUGGGCUCGACAGUCGAGCCUUUCAUCGAAUGAAUGGUUCGAUGAUUGAAAUUUCGGAUGUAGUUACUCAAGCCAUCAAAAAUAAUGAGCCUGUCGUGGCUUUGGAAUCGACAAUCAUCACACAUGGCAUGCCUUAUCCUGCUAACCUUGAAACUGCCCUCAAGGUUGAAAAGGCCAUCAAGGCUAAGGGAGCUAUUCCUGCCACAAUUGGAAUAAUCAAAGGCCGUGUUCAUGUGGGAUUAACUGCAGAUCAACUUGAGUUGUUGGCAACCAUGAGAGAGCCUUGCCUCAAAACUUCCCGAAGAGACUUGCCCUACGUCCUCAGCAAGAAAAUUAAUGGAGGUACUACAGUGUCUGGAACCAUGCUUGUAGCAGCUAAGGUUGGCCUUCCAAUAUUUGUGACAGGAGGCAUAGGUGGAGUUCAUCGCGGUGCUGAAGAAAGUUUCGAUAUUAGUGCCGAUCUGACAGAACUUGGCAGAACUCCCGUCGCCGUCGUGUCCAGUGGGGUCAAAUCGAUUUUGGAUAUUGGCAAAACGCUGGAAUAUUUAGAAACACAAGGGGUUUGCGUGGCGACAUUAGGAUCAAAGAACGACUUCCCAGCGUUCUUUACACCAUCCAGCGGAUUCCAGGCUCCUUAUCGGUUGGAAACGACGACUGAUGCUGCUCGCUUGAUCCACCAGAGCUUGGCUUUCGACACUGGUAGUGGUAUGCUUAUCGCCGUGCCGAUCCCCGAAUCCAGCCAGGCUGACGGCGAAACGAUCGAACGAGCCAUUCGAGCCGCCCUGACCUUGGCUGAUCAGCAAAAUAUCCGAGGAAGGGACGUGACGCCUUUUGUCCUGUCGCAAGUCAAUCGGUUAACAUCCGGCGCCUCUUUGACAGCCAAUAUGGCGCUAAUUGAGCAUAACGCUGCCAUUGGAGCGGCUAUUGCUGUGGAUCUUGCACAUUUACGAGAAUCAUCGAUAUCGACCGGGAAGAGUUGCUCGACGCCACCGCCGCUAAAAUCAGGAGAUCAUUGCCCUACGGUCGUUAUUGGAGGCUCCAUCGUCGAUCUGGUGGCCGCCGUCAAGGAGGACUCUAUUCAUAUGGAUGCGAGUACCCACCGCGGAAGUAUCAGUCGUUCGUAUGGCGGCGUCGGCAGAAAUUUGGCAGACGGGCUGAGUCGACUAGGCAAAAGGCCGCCGCUUUUCGUAUCGGUCGUCGGAGACGAUGAAUCCGGACGCGAUCUCAUCCGACACAACCCUUUGAUGGAGAGUCGUGGAAUCUUUCGACUCGCUUCGGCAUCCACAGCGUCUUACACUGUCAUUCUUGAUAACAAAGGGGACUGCCAAUUUGGUAUUGGAGACUUGAAGAUUCACAACCAGCUCACCGUUGACAAGGUGAGGCAGUACGAGGAGGACAUAGCCAAGUGUCGUUUGCUCAUUAUGGACGGAAACAUCGAAUUAACGACCAUGGAGUACAUCCUUGACCUCUGCCGCUCUACCAGAGUUCCAGUUUGGUACGAGCCGACUGAUGUAAAAAAAGCUGCUAAACCCUUUACUAUCGAUGGAUGUCGAUCAGCAAUUGCUUAUACGUCGCCCAAUUUAUCCGAAUUAAAGAAGAUUGUCGAUACCGUCCAGCCAGGAUUGUCCUCUAAAAAUGAUUUGAAUCUUAACCAAACCAUCGAGGAAAUUCAAGACCCUCUUACCAAAUUAUGCAUACCGUUGCUGGAUACCGCACAAUGCAUAAUGAUUACUUUAGGAAAACUAGGAAUGAUGAUUGUUCGCCGUGGAGCAAAAACAGAUAGAUUACCGGUGGCUCCGUGGCAGCACCAUCCAAACGAAGAAAUCACUGCCACCUACUAUCCAGCGCCUGCAGUGGACCACAUAGUCAGCGUAUCCGGAGCAGGAGAUUGUUUGGCUGCUGGAUUUAUAACUGGAAUAAUCAAUGGCUGGGAACAAGACAAAUGUGCGGCGUUUGGGCUCCAAGCAGCUGCCUGCUCACUCCGACAUUCCCCCGCUGUCCCUGCAGCACUUUCAAAUUUGCAAUUAUGUUGAGCAUGCUAUUUUUGCAGCAAGAGAUUUUGUUUACAAUAAAUCAGGAGGGAGUUACUCCUCCACUAUAAUGGGA